UCGCAGGCACACGCGCCGUUGGCGGAGCUGCAGAUAAAGUGGUCUGAGCAGGACUGCCAUUGCCCCUACCACCGCGCUGACUGACCGAACCGAGCGGCCUAGCGACCCGACUCGCUUCCUCCCUCGAGUCCCCACAGCUCGGGCCCAUCUUUCUCCAGGCUUCCGGGCCCAAAGGCCGUCUUUAUGGGCCACCUUCUUUCGAAGGAGCCUCGGAACCGUGCGAGCCAGAAGAAGCCUCGUUGCUGCAGCUGGUGUCGCCGCCGGCGCCCUCUCAUCCGACUGCCGGGCCGGACGCCGACCAAGUCGUCCCCACAGCCCGCGGCGGCGGCCCGCAACCGGGACUGCUUCUUCCGCGGGCCCUGCAUGCUCUGCUUCAUCGUGCACAGCCCCGGCGGGCCCGCCCCCGCCGGCCCAGAGGAGGAGCCGCCGCUGUCGCCGCCGCUGCCGCGGGACACGGCCUACGCCGCCUCCCCCUUGCAGCACCUAGAGCCGCGCUACGCGGCCCUGGCGGCCGAGGACUGUGCCGCUGCUGCCCGCCGCUUCCUGCUGUCGUCGGCCGCCGCAGCCGCUGCCUCCUCGGCCUCUUCUCCCGCCACCCGUUGCAAGGAGCUGGGGCUGGCGGCUGCCGCAGCCUGGGAGCAGCAGGGCCGGAGCCUCUUCCUGGCUAGCAUGGGGCCCUUGCGCUUUCUGGGGCCGCCGGCCGCCGUGCAGCUCUUCCAGGGGCUGCCGCCACAGUCCGAGCAUCCCUUGGCUCCCGACCUAGUGUGCAACUGGAAGGACGACGAGGUUCCCGACUACACCUACUGCAACCAGCCGCGCUGCGGCGGCGGCGGCGGCGGCGGCGGCGGGGGACCUGUUGGGGGAGGUGGCUUGCUGCUGCAGCCGCUAGAUGCUGGCUACUGCCAGGCCCCAGAGCAGCCCCUGCCAGUGAUGGGCUCCAGGCCCACCUCUCCUGCCUCAGAGUGUUCCUUCAUUGAAGCCACCGGGGACACUCUCCGGGCUGGGAGCAUCACCCCAUGGUCCUCCCAGCAGCAGGCGGAAAGCCGCAACAUAGACUGUCAGAGGCUCCCCGAUCCCUGUGGUUUACUUAGGGAUUCGCCCCCAGAACCCCUAGACAUCAACCAGCUGCCAGGUCCAUCGUGCUUGAGGUGGAUAAGGGAUGACUAGGCCCAGGGAUGCAGUUCCUCCCCAACCCCGCCCUGCCCCUCGCCCCCCUUCCUGAGGCUGUCUCUGUCCUCCCUGUGCAAGGAGGAGGGGAUUCCCCUGACAGCCCGGGGGUCGCUUGAAGGGGAGACUGGGCAGCCAGUCAGCCCCGUGCUUAAGGCCUGUUUUGAAGUAGAAAAGCUUGGAGUCUGCUGAAUGCCUUGUAGUAGAUUAGGUCUGUUUCCACAAUUCAGGAUUCAUUUAUUGCAUUAGCAAAUCCCGAUAUAGAAACUAUUAGUUUUCUGUGGAAUAAAUAUAUGCAUACUUGAGCAACUUCUAUUUGGUGGGUAACAGCUUUACAUACCGAUGUUUGAAAAGUUUUCAAACUGUCUUCAGGUUUGAUCGCUGCUAGUUAGUGCCAAUAACUUACAAUUAAGCAUGUACCAUGAUCCGUCACUGUACCAGAGCUUUAUAUAUACAAAUCUCAUGGGUUCCCUCCAUUUGAUGCUGUGAGAUAAGUCCUGUUAAUAUUUACCGUAUUCAAAAAAGAAACUGACAUGCCAGUGUUUUGGGACAGAUGACUUACAAGUGGUGCCAGGAAGAAGAGGAAUUUAGUGGUUGGUGACUGGUUCAAGGUCACACCCAUAAACUAAAGAGCAAAUCUGGGUCUUGAACUAGAGACUUUUGGCCAGCUUGACUUGAAAAACUAACUGUGUUGUGUACGCUGCUGUUCUUUCGUCUGUCCUUACCUUUAUGUGCAAUGAAUUAGCAGAAGUCGAAAGUCUUAUAUGUUGGGGGUUGGGUGAGUUAAGAAGUGAAGUGCCUGGUGGGGAUUCUAUGUCGCUGUCAGUUACUAAGUAAAGUGUCCCGCUUUGUCAGCGCUAGAAAUAAACUUUGUGAUAGUCUGUACUAAGUUAUUAACUCCCCUUUCCCCUGUUUCUGGUCUUUGUUCCCACACUCUUUUACCUGAGGUUAUAAAAUGAGAACUUGAGUUUUCAGUGUGGACGAUAUUUAAAUAGCACUAGCCAGAAAUAACCUUCAGGAGAAUGUGGCUACUUUCAUUGUUACUGAAUUAACUGCCAAUGAAUUGUAAAUGUUACUGUCACAUCAGUGUACCUUAUUUGAGUAGACUUUUAACACGUGUAAUUGUGUGUUUGAAUCUGUUUUACUGUGACAUUGAUGUUCUUGUGAAAAAUACAGCAGAAAACUGAACAAAUUUCCCA